AUGAAGACAACCGGUAUUAUUUCGACAGCACUCGCUGCAGCUGCGCUCUUUGCCAAGUCCGCUGUCUCCGCUGAUGUUCCCUCGAUUGUGAUCAAGGGUUCCAAAUUCUUUUACGAGAACAACGGCACACAAUUCUUCAUCAAAGGCGUUGCCUAUCAACAGGAAUACAGUGCCAAUCAGACCAAUGCCGCUAGCAAUGAUACCAAUACAGACUACGUCGACCCUCUCAGCAACCCUUCCAGCUGCCAGCGAGACAUUCCCUACCUGACACAACUGGGCACCAACACCAUCCGCGUCUACGCCAUUAACCCUACAGAGGACCACGAUGAAUGCAUGAAUGCUUUGGCCGAUGCUGGUAUUUACGUCAUUGCCGACCUCUCUGCGCCUGGCGACUCGAUCAUUCGAGACGACCCGAAGUGGAACGAUGAUCUCUACGCCCGCUACACCGCCGUCGUCGAUACCAUGGCCAAGUACACCAACACUCUCGGCUUCUUCGCUGGAAACGAGGUGUCCAACAACAAGACCAACACCGAUGCCAGCGCUUUCGUCAAGGCUGCGGCGCGCGACAUGAAGGCCUAUAUCAAGCAGAAGAACUACCGCACCAUCGGUGUGGGCUAUGCCACCAAUGACGAUGCUGAUAUCCGGGAAGAUCUGGCCGACUACUUCGACUGUGGCGAUCGCGCUGAUGCGGUCGAUUUCUGGGGCUACAAUAUUUACUCCUGGUGCGGCGACUCCAGCUUCCAGGAGUCUGGCUACGAUGUCCGCACCAAGGAGUUUGAGAACUGGAACAUCCCCGUCUUUUUCGCCGAGUACGGCUGCAACGAAGUCCAGCCUCGUGAGUUCACCGAAGUUGGCGCUCUCUACGGUAGCCAGAUGAACGAUGUCUGGUCUGGUGGUAUUGUCUACAUGUACUUCCAGGAGGCCAACAACUAUGGCCUCGUUUCCGUGGACGGCGAUUCCGUAUCUACUUUGGAUGACUUCAACAACCUCGCCACCCAAAUUGCGAGCAUUGAUCCCACCGGUCCCAACUCCGCGGAUUAUAACCCAACCAACACCGCUGCGGCUGCCUGUCCUUCUGUUGGCGAUGACUGGCACGCUCCAUCGGGGCUCCCGCCGACCCCGAACCAAGAAUUGUGUGAGUGCAUGUACAACGCCUUGACUUGUGUUCCCAACAAGGUUUCGGACGAUGAGAUCGGCGACCUCUUUGGUAUUGUUUGCGGUCUGGGCGACACGGUCUGCGCCGGCAUCAACACAACCAGUACUGAUGGGAAGUACGGAGCGUACGGCAUGUGUAACCCCCAGCAACAGCUUGGUUGGGCCUUGAACGUCUACUACAACCAGCAAGGCGCCCAGGGCAAUGGGGCUUCGGCCUGUGACUUCUCUGGCUCAGCAACUACUCAAAAGCCCACCAAACCAACUGGCCAGUGUGAAAAUCUUAUCAGCCAAGCAGGCCAAAAUGGUCAGGGCACUGUCACCUCUGCGCCCACCUCCGUCAGUGGUAACGGCAAUGGCGGCAGCGGUGGUAGCUCCAGCAGCUCCGGCUCUUCCAAUGGAGCCCCUGGCGCAGUGUCUCACUACAGCAACGUUGGCUUCAUGCAAAUUGCGCUGUAUCUGACCAUUGCAUUCACCUCUGGCAUGGGCAUGAUUCUUCUAUAG